AGCUGGUGCUUCAGUGCUGCCAGAGGAUUUCUUCCCGGGCAGCGCUCACCAGAUUUCUGCAGAAAUGGCCCCGGUGCUUAGUGCUCGUCCCCAAGUCACGGCGAUGCUGGUUCUUCUCCUGUCCAUGCUGGGUUUGGCUGCUGGUGGGAAGCUGCUGGUGAUACCGGUGGAUGGGAGUCAUUGGCUGAGCAUGAGGGAGGUGUUGGAUGGACUCAGGCAGAAGGGGCACGAGGUGGUCGUCGUCGCACCCGAAGUCAGCAUGUACAUAAAGCCAACAAAGAACGUUGUGAUGAAGACGUACCCAGUCCCUUUCACAAUGGAAGAGAUGGAUGAAAAUUUCCGGGCAUUUAUACAAGAUGUACUUGAAGAAGGUUCUUUUCUAGAAAGAUUCCUUAAAAUAUACCAACAUAUGAAAAAAGUGGCUUAUUUGGGAGUCUCCAGCUGUGAACACUUACUGAACAACAAAGAGCUUGUCAGAUAUCUCGAGGAGAGCAAGUUCGAUGCUGUCCUUACAGACCCUGUACUACCCUGUGGGCAAAUAUUGGCUGAACACCUUUUGAUCCCUUCCGUGUUUUUUUUACGAGGAAUACCAUGUGGUUUAGAUUUUGAAGCCGCUCAAUGCCCCAGCCCUCCUUCUUAUGUGCCCAGAAUAUUUACGUCCUAUACAGACCGCAUGGACUUUUUCCAGCGAGUGAAGAAUCUGCUCUUUGACAUCCCAAACUUAUUUCUCUGUGAUUUUGCUUUUCAACCCUACGCAAAACUGGCUUCUGAGUUCCUCCAGAGGGAGGUGACCGUGCCGGAUCUUUUACGCCAGGCUUCCAUUUGGCUCAUGAGGUUAGAUUUUGUGUUAGACUAUCCAAGACCUUUAAUGCCCAACAUCAUUGUAAUCGGAGGAGUUAACUGUGCUCACAAGAAGCUAUCUCAGGAGGUCUCAGAGGAAAAGUCGGUCUAG